CUCAUGCUUGAAUGUAUUUGCUUUGAGGAUUCCAUGCUUGAUCCAUAUUUUUCUGCCUAGAUGGCUGUCCUAGCAAAUCUAGCACUCCUUGAACUAGGUUUACUACUAAUUGAUGCUGGACGGUUUUUGCUUAAACUUGAUCUCUGUUCGAAUUCCUGGCUUUAUUUUAAAUUAGGUGGGAAUUUAUCUAUGUCUAUAUAUUUAAGAGCUCAAGAUUGUCGAUCAGACGCAUGGUCUUGAGUAGGGGAGCUUUACUCUGGCUUUGUAAAAGGCUAAAGGAAGCAUCAGAGAACAGGGGGAAAUCUUUCAAAUCAUGGAGAUGUCGGGAUUUCUCGACAAAUAUUUAUUGUGCUCAGAAGUUCAAUAAAUAUGGACGAUUCAUAUCAGUUAUUUCCAGUGUUAUUAAAGGCGAGCGCCUUCUCGCCUUUGGCGAGAGGCGAGGCAAGGCGUGGCUGCUGCGCCUUUCAUGGCCAUGGCGAGCAGACCUUCAAAAGACGCGCCAAUGGCGAGAAAGGCGCUAAUGGCGCAUGGCGAGGCGAGCUGGAAAGGCGAGGCGACCAGAAUUUAAAAAAAAAAACAAUUAAAAGAAGUGGAGGACUUAAAUAAAGUGGAGGACUCUUUUCAUGUCCCCUUUUCCCGUUUUGUUGUCUGACACUAAUUUGUUUUCUUUAUUUAAUAAAUAAAAGCUCCACUAAGUUCUUAGUGGAAAGUUUCAGGUAUGUCUCUUUCUCCUUCUUGUUUUUCUUCAGUUCUUCUUUCUUCUUCUUUCUUCCUCCUGUAUUUUCGACUUCUGCUUCUUCGUCUGUUCUUCUUCUUUCUUCUUCUUUUUUUUCCGGCGACAAUUGGCCUAUUUCCGGCCACCUCUGGUUUUUUUUUUCCUUCUUCUAUUCUCUUCUUCUUUUUCUGUUUUUUCUCCUCUGUUUUUUUUUCCUUCUUCUAUUCUCUUCUUCUUUUUUCUGUUUUUUCUCCUCUGUUUUUUUACCCUCAGUUUUUUUCACCUCUGUUAAUUGCUCUGUUAUUUUCUCCUCUGUUUUUUCCUCUGUUUUUUUUUCUCUGUUUGGACCAGUGAGACAGUGGUUGUUUUGCUCCUAUUUUUUCUGUUCAAUAAUUGUUUAAAUUUUGUUAUACAAUUAUAAACAGUAGGUUCAAAUUCAAUGGAAUCGUCGGACGCUAGCAAAAAAGACAUAGGUUGGAAUUAUGGUGCCAAAGGCCCAACAAAAGAUUCAGUCACAUGUAUCUUUUGUCGAGAAACUUUCAAUGGCGGAAUUACUCGACACAAACAACAUUUGAUUGGUGGUUACAGAAAUGUAAAAAAAUGUGGAACUUGUCCUCCUGAAAUUAGGGAAGAAUUAAAAAAGUAUGUUGAAAGUAAACAGUUGUUAAAAACUCAAAUGUUGCACCAACCAUCCUUGGCUAAUCUCUCUGAUGAAGAUGAUGAAAUGAGGCCUCCUCCCUCAAAAACACAAAAAAUGUCAUCCAAUGCAUCAUCCACGGCACGGACUGCCAAUGUGAAAGGUCCCAUGAAUCUUUAUUACCCGCAAACAUCAAAGGGGAAGGGAAGCAGUAGCACGGCAGCGUCUGAUGCAUCCAAGAAGUUGCUAAGAGAUCGCGCUGUAAGUGCUUUUGUAGUAUGGGGAUAUGAUGCAGGGCUCCCUUUUAAUUGUGUAAAUCACAAAAGUUUUGAUAAAUACAUUGAGGCCAUAGGACAAUAUGGCCCAGGAAUGAAACCUCCUACCUAUCACGAAAUUAGAGUUACUCAUCUAAAAAAAGAGGUGGAGAAGAUAGAUGAGAUUAUUGAGGAACAUAAAUUGAUAUGGACAGAGUUUGGGUGUUCAAUUAUGAUGGACAAGUGGACAGCACGAAAUGGAAAAAUGAUCAUCAAUAUUUUGGUCAAUUCUCCAUUAGGUGGUGUGUUUCUUGGGUCAGUCGAUGCUAGUGAUGAAUCUACAAAUUCCACCAAGAUGUUCAACUUGUUUGAGAAGACUAUUAAGCAAAUUGGACCGGAAAAUGUUAUACAAGUUGUUACCGAUAAUGCUAGCGAGAAUGUUAAAGCCGGUGACAUGAUAAUGGGUGUGUACCCGCACAUUUACUGGACUCCAUGUGCUGCCCAUUGUAUCAAUUUGAUGUUUGGUGACAUCUUCAAAAUAAACCCGUAUGCUUCAGUUUUUCAGAAGGCCAUUAAGAUACAUUCUUACAUAGCAAUGAGACCAUUGUUGUUGAACAUGAUGAGAAGAUAUACAAACCAAAGAAAUUUGGUGAAACCGGCUAAGACAAGAUUUGCAACGGCCUUCUUAACUUUGCAAUCUUUUUACAUGCAAAAGAAAAACUUGAGAACUAUGAUCUUCUCAACCGAAUGGACAGAAAGUAGAUUUGCAAAGGAACUUUUGGGAAAAGAAGUUGUCAGACAUCUUACUUCUACAUCUUUUUGGAAUGAUGUUGUUAGGGCACUUAAAGUUGGUUCACCUUUGAUAGUAGCGCUUCGCUUGGUGGAUGGAGAAAAAAAAUCAUCAAUGGGCUAUAUUUAUGAAGCAAUGGAUAGAGCCAAAGAAGCUAUUGAAAAGGGUUUUCAUGGUGAUCGGAAGCAAUAUGAGAAAGUUUUCGAAAUCAUUGAUCGGCGGUGGACGGACCAACUUCAUAGACCUUUGCAUGCAGCAGGCCAUGUUUUGAACCCGGGAAUGUUUUACACUAAUUAUCAAAAUAAGACUUUAUCAACAGAAGUGUGGAAUGGUUACUUUGAAUGUGUUAAUAAGAUGGUCCCUAAUGCAACACAAGAUGCUCUCAUCAAAGAGCUUCAUAUGUAUAAAAAUGCAUUGGGGACUUUUGGUAUGCCUCAGGCUAUAAGAAACAGAGACAAAACAUCCCCUUGUAAGUGGGUUGAUUUAGUUAUUUUUAUAGCUUUACUUAAGUUAUUUGACUUAUUUAUAAUUAUUAAACCUUUAAUUUUUUUUUAUAACUGAAUGGUGGU